AUGCUUGGUGGUAAACUCCGUCCCAGUGAGAUCAAGGAAGACAAGGAUUACCGAAUCAAAGAAGGGGAGCGCAUCAACACAGAUAUCACAGCGCACGCCGCAACACUUGCUCUUGGCCUGAUAUAUCUCAAGACAGGAAACCGAUCCAUAUCUAGUAGACUGGAUGUUCCAACAACAUUCCACCAACUGGAAUACGUACGAGCCGACUUACUCCUCCUUCGCGUUCUGUCGAGGUCACUGAUACUCUGGGAAGAAAUCGAGGCAACUUCACAGUGGGUGACCUCGCAAAUUCCAUCGGUAGUCACAGACCUCCUGAACGCCGCCCCCAAAGAUCGUGCUAAGUUUCUGGGGCCACGGGGCUACAACUCUGCCGAGGCUAGAUUGCCCAUUGCACGACAGGUGUGGAUGUAUAUGAUCACUGGCUCGUGCUUUGCCAUUGGGUUGAAGUUUGCCGGGUCCGCUGAUGCCGAUGCACAGCGUGUUUUGAGGCUGUACGCCAUCCACGUGCUAUCUGCACGGCCAGCGGACUUCGAUCAAAGUCCCAAUAUUCUAACGUCGUGCGCGUUGGUGUGUCUGAAUGCGUUGUGCAUGGUCAUGGCGGGCACGGGCGAUCUACCCACCAUGCGACUGAUUCUUCGCUUCAAGAAGGAAAUGCAUCGCAGUUACGGCUCGAGCAUGAGCUUGAACAUGGGGCUGGGUCUGCUCUUUGUCGGGUCUGGCAUGUGCUCGUUGUCCACCUCUAACGAGGCCAUUGCGGCGCUUAUCUGCUCCUUCUAUCCCAUGUUUCCCGAGAACCCUACAGAUAAUCGAUAUCACCUCCAAGCGUUCCGUCAUUUGUUUGUGCUUGCGUUGGAGAGCCGUACAGUGAUUCCGCGCGAGACCGACGGAGGCGCUGCCGUGUCUGUGCCUCUGAUAAUCACCAUGCGCAAUGGGUGCACGCGCAAGGUGGUGGCCCCGUGUGUGUUGCCUGAGCUCAUGUAUAUGAAAAUGAUAUCGGUCGACAGUCCACGUUACCAUCCCAUACACAUCCCUGUCACCCCUGACACGCGCCUAACGCGACUGUGCGCUCUGGUGGUGCAGCGCAGGACUGGAUUUCUUCCCUAUCGAGAUGAUCCUAAUGGCAUUAGGAGGGCGUCACAUCCGAAACUGCUCGAAACCUCGCAACGUGCGCAAUUGAUGCGAAUGGUACGUGCAUACACACUCGAUGCCACGCUGCUGGCAUAUGCCGAAACUCUACUAGGUCGGGCCGAAGAGAACGAAUCAUUCAUCGCAAUACUAAGCGAGUGCCUGGCGAGCGGAACGCCGGAGCUCCUUUCCAGUUAUCUGGCAAUCAAUCACACGCUGAAGAUGGCGCGCACGACUCCCUGUAUACACAGCCUACAGAAUUUGCGACUAGCGAGAGCUUUCUACGCCCACAGGAGAAUAUGCGAGAAACCACCACUUAUGCUGCAGUCGUAUCUCGACUAUGUGCAUCAACAAGUCAGCUCAGCGCUUAUCAGUCCGAGUCCCAAUCUGGAUUCCGAGAUUGUACAAUCAUUACGCUCAGUAUACUUUUUUGGUGGCGCAGUAGGUCCGAACAAGGAUGUACAAGCCAUCCGCGACGCAUACGCACACCACACAGAACAACUGCCUCCCAUCUCGGCUAUGUCGAGGUUGGCUACUGAAUUCUCUUCGCUGAGCCCAGACACUCUUCUAUCUGUGAUGGACAGUGUCACCGGCGUGCCCAUUCUGUGAGCCACUCUAUGGCGUACACCACAUCAUUCAAUGGAUGCUAGAUGAACACAAAUAUUCUUUCCACACCACACUUGGCGCUGGCCAGGAGCUCGGAUCUAGAGACACAACCAUUUACACAAAGACAACAGGCUUGUGGCGGCUAGUUGGAAUCCGGCCAGAAAGCAAUGAGAUUUUGUCCUGAAAUCGAGAUUUAAAUAGGAUAAAACACACCAGUACGGCCCAACAAUUCCUCAGGUAUCAUUUGCAUGUAGCGCUCAGCUAGAAAGGAUCCAAAUACUCGAAUGAGAUUGAAAUACCAUGAAAAACCAACCCGGAAGCUAGAAAUUGGAGAUACAAGAAUCAUUAGUAAAUUCAUAGUGAGAGCUGGCAACAUCGGAAUGUUGAAGGCAAACCCC